AUAAAGAAGUACUAUGUGUAAAUAUGAAACGAGUUCGCGUGGUGAAAGUGUUCCCACAAUGUUAAGUCUAAGUAACAAUGAGGAUACGGUUUAGUUGGAUAAGAGAUGGAGAGACCUUGUUUUGAACAAUAGUUCAGGUAUAUCCCGACAUGACUGCUAAAGAUGGGAGGAGCACAAGUGACUCAUGUAGACGUGAACCACUACUAUGACUUCCUUAAAACGAAGGGACAUAAUCAGUGUGCAGCAUGAAAUCAGGAAGGUAGGACAGUAUACAGAGCGAAAUGCCUCUGUUUUGUUCUCCUUGUCAUCUGUGGUCCAUGAACCCGGAGAGCAGAUAGGGGCGUCUGCACAGCAACCUAACAUGAUCAGUAUCAGCUGACAACGUCUUGUGAUUUUCUUACCUAGAUUGAUAAAUAGGCCGCACAGAUAUUGAAUGGUCUCAUUUGUAUUGUGUCAAUGUUAUGGUUGUUGCACCAUCAAACCGGAGAGUAGACAGAGGCGUCCGCACAGCAACCCAACAUUAUCAAUACUACCUGACCACGUCUUGUGAUCUUACGUACAUUGAUAAUGAAGAUUGAUAAAUAGGUUGCUCAGAUAUUGUGAGGUAUUUAUAAAGAAGGUUUGAUCUCUGAAGCCAUCAGUUCAUGUUCAACAAUGCUGCUACAUACAUUUGUCAUCCUUGCGUGUAUUUCCCCUGCCUUGUCUGAGAGGGACCUGUACUAUCUGGACGAUACAAAUGGACUAGGCAGGCUUUUUGAUGGUAUUGGAGGAAUCAGCGGCGGGGGAGCCACAUCUAAACUUCUAGUUAAUUACCCAGAGAAACAAAGAAAUGAAAUCCUCGACUAUGUAUUCAAACCUAAUUUCGGAGCGUCGCUGCACAUUCUGAAGGUUGAAAUUGGCGGAGACACACAGAGUACAGAUGGCUCUGAAUCUACUCAUAUGCGAACACCUGACGAUGAGAAUUACCAGAGGGGUUAUGAAUGGUGGCUGAUGCAAGAAGCAAAGAAGAGGAACCCCAACAUCAAGCUCUAUGGCCUGCCCUGGGGGUGGCCUGGCUGGGUGGGAGGGGACACGGGGGACGUGUACGCCAACCCUGAACAGACUGCCAUGUACAUUGUCAAGUGGGUCAUUGGAGCAAAGACCCACUACAAUCUCACCAUUGACUAUGUUGGGAUAUGGAACGAGAGUCCAUAUAACACAACCUACAUAAAGGCCCUGAGGAAGAUGCUGGACACACACGGAUGCAGCUUCACCAGGAUAGUGGCAGCGGACUAUUUCCACUGGGAUAACAUUGCCGGUGAUGUCCUGGCCGACCCGGUCCUGGCUGAUGCUAUAUACGCUAUCGGGGUUCACUACCCCGAAGAAAACAGCUCUCUGUAUGCUGUUGAUACUGGGAAGCAACUGUGGGCUUCAGAAGAUCAUGCCGUAAAAUCAAACAUGCGAUGGAACAGAAAUUAUGUCAAUGGAUAUAUGUCAGGAACCGUCAUAUGGGCGAUUAUCAGCGCAUGGUAUCCAGGACUCCCCUGGAUAGGCUCAGGCCUUCUAAAUGCUGAGCAACCGUGGUCGGGGUACUAUGAAAUUCCCCAGUAUGUCUGGCUAGCAGCCCACACUGCUCAGUUCACCGAACCUGGCUGGCAGUACUUGAGACACGGUGCAGGGGUGGGCAGGCUGGCCGGAGGGGGGACAUUCGUGUCCCUUGUCAGCCCUGAUGGGGAGGACUUCACCAUCAUUCUGGAGACUGUGCAACAAAACUACACAGGGCUGGAAUCAGUGGUGAAGCCUCAAAAUGUCACCCUGCAGUUGAAAGGAACAUUGCGCAACGUGACCAGAUUCAACGUUUGGUUUUCUCAACUGACUGAUCCGACGGGAGCAUCUGUUCUGUUUGAGCAAAGACCCCCACUACAGGUUGUUGACGGAGUACUUAAUCUAGACCUCCAACCAGAUCAGGUGUACACGUUCACGACCUUGAACACAGGUCAUAAAGGGUCAUUUCCGGCUGCGCCUCCUCCAGCUAAACCCUUUCCGUUGCCCUACACUGAUGAUUUUGAAAGUUACGAGGAUUUCCAAGAACCCUUCAUGAUAGCCCAGCAGACCGGAACCUAUGAAGUGGUCAGUGGGCAAGGCGACCAUGGCAAGGUGAUCAGGCAGAUGACCGUACAACAUCCGGUCAAGUGGGUGUGGUGUCAUGCAGAGGAUUUAGGGUUAUCCGCAGCCGUAUUUGGUAACUAUCAUUGGAGCGACAUUUACAUCGAGGCUGACAUAGGCAUAGAUAACGACCUGUCCCAGAGCGCGGCGAAAGAAGCUUUUCUUGGAACCAGGAUCAGUGUAGGAGGGUGUAGUUUGCCAGACAGUCUUGGUGUCUUCUUCUUCAUCAACCCUGGAGCAGGAACAUAUCAAGUGACAACAAACCUUGAGAGGAAUCAGACACUGCUAUCAGGGAGAACAAAUAUUUUCAGUGGCACAAAAUGGAACAAUGUUGGCUUACUUGUAAAGGGUUCCACGGUGAUCGGGACAUUGAAUGGUCAACAGCUGUUCAACGUCUCCUCCAUACCAAGCACUGUGCAGAUUGGCUUCACUGGACUCGGCACUGGUUCGUUCGGAUAUGCUGACUACGACAACUUGAAAAUUUUACCCCCAAGAGACGGAUGGGACUUAAUCAAACGGCUAAAUUAUAAUAGAUAUAGCAGCAACUAACAUAGCCGUUUCCAGUGUGUUAUUUAUGAAGGCAAAGUGACUCGCUCGUGUUACUGAACUGUUAUUAACGAACAAGUUACGUGUAUAUAUACCAGUCUUGUUUCAUUACUUGAAAGAACCUGAGAGUACAUAGUAUUUUUUAAAGGCAACUUUGCAAAGAUGUGUACUCAUGGGAGCAGAUUUACUUAUUGCAUUUAAAUAUGAUACCAUCAAUCGACUAAAAUAUAUAUGUUAUGAAA